UUUUUGUUUAGCCCAGUUGAAAUAGUAAAUAUUGUAUAAUCACGUAAACAACAAGACAAUUGUGCUAUAAUUUUUAAUAAUGUGGCCUAUUCUAAUGGCAAUAUUAAGACGAAAUGCGGUCUACAUAACACUCCCUAUUGCUGGUGUUGUGGGAUUCAUUGGGUACAACCUGGAAAGUAUACUGUCUGAUAAAUACACGCCAUAUAACAAAUCCAUACUUGAAAAUCGAGCUGAACGAUUAGCGGAGGAAGAGUUGGCUGAUCCAACACGUGUGGAGAAGUUGCGGCUAAAUGUGAAUGUUCUAGAAAGAAAUUUGUCUCCUUCCUUGCAACCAAAGUAAUUAUUAUAAGACUAUGGUACUUUAGGAUUGAAAUACUCGUAUUUGCUUCUAAAAUUUUUUGUAUUUUGUUUCAUUAAAAUGAUGUUUUCAUCUAAAAUCUUUUUCACAUCUUAUGUAAGAAAAAAUAGUAAAUAUUAUAUGCUUUAUGGAUGUUAUGAAAUCGCAAUAUAAAAUAAUGUAAUUGUAUAAGAAAAAUAUGCCUACAUUUUAUUUCAAUUCACAACUACAAAGCAUCCAGUUUGUUUGACUGAAAUCGUUUUCAAUAGUUCUAUUGUACGUAUAAAUGCAGGUGAGAAAAUUGCAGUUAGUAGAUAGUGCAAAAAAGAAGUAACACAUACUCUGACUCUGAUAAGGUCAGUUGUAACAUUGUCCACAAGGACAUCCCUUGCGGGGAUCGAACCCGCGACCUUUGGAUUAGAAGUCCAACGCGCUAUCCUCUGCGCCAAAGGGACGAACGGAGGAGCGCCGCCCAUGUGCUCUCACAGAUAUAUAGCAAGGUUAAUCCUUUAGAACAGAAUAUAUUGUGGCACACUCAUCAUUUCGUUAACUAAAAUUUAUUCAAAUGCUAUCUUACUUCUAAAGGCGAAAAGUUGCUAAGCAGUAUAACUGUUAAUUUUGUAAAAUGAUUGAUUACUGAGUGUGCAAAAAAAUCACCAUUAUUUACUAAUGACAUCCCUUGCGGGGAUCGAACCCGCGACCUUUGGAUUAGAAGUCCAACGCGCUAUCCUCUGCGCCAAAGGGACAAGUGGUCGGUGCUUGCAAAAUGACAAAUACAAAACUGCUGACAAGCUACCACAGAGUGCUCCACGUCAGCACUUUUCAAAGUAGGGUGUGUUUACAGAGCAAAUAACGAAGGAAUCUCAAAUAAUGAAGAGAUUUUGUUCUAAAAAUAAAUAAUUCAUAUUCACAGAGUAUAUCAAUAGCCUAUCAUUUCCCCAGUACGAAAUUAUAAACAAAUAUAAUUUAUAUAACAAUUUACAAGCAAUCGAAUUUAAAUAAAAAGAGAAAUUAGAAAUUCGUAAAUAAUAAAUAUCUGCGAAUAAUCUUUAUAAUAUACCUUACGAACUACAUACAUAUCCGGUGAACAUGUUCUGGUAAUAUCUGGUAAAGGACAUACUGUUGUAAUCGUAUCUUAUUCAUCGAAUA